CGUGCGGGUGUUUGUAUGGAAAGAAGCGGAAGCGCCGCGGAGCGAUCAGGACCGGAUCGUGAUCAUUGGGAUCGGAAUUACCGGGAUUAUCAGAAUUAUCGGGAUCGAGGAGAGGGCCCAGAGCCCUCCAGGCUCCGUCGGGGAUGUUCCACGGCAUCGCGGGCCCGGCCGGGAUGGGCGCAGCGCCCGGGAAUAAACCGGAGCUUUAUGAGGAGGUGAAACUCUACAAGAACGCCCGGGAACGGGAGAAGUACGACAACAUGGCGGAGCUGUUUGCGGUGGUGAAGACGCUGCAGGCGCUGGAGAAGGCGUACAUCAAGGAUUGCGUGUCCCCCAACGAGUACACGGCGGCGUGCUCGCGGCUCCUGGUGCAGUUCAAGGCCGCGCUCAAGCAGGUCCAGGGGGCGGAGAUCGCGUCCAUCGACGACUUCUGCCGGAAAUUCCGGCUGGAUUGUCCCCUGGCCAUGGAGAGGAUCCGCGAGGAUCGACCGAUCACCAUCAAGGACGACAAAGGGAACCUGAACCGCUGCAUCGCCGACAUCGUCUCCCUUUUCAUCACAGUGAUGGACAAACUGCGCCUGGAGAUCCGAGCCAUGGACGAGGUGGGGACCCCAAAAUUCCAAAUAUUCCAGUCCCAAAAUUCCCAA